GCAGAUGCGGGUCUUAUUUGUUCUCUCCGGCAGGAGGGCGUUCCGCUGGAGAACAUACAAACACACAGUGCUGAAUUAUGCCGGUGUUCGUGUGCAACGGCCCACAUUCGGAUGCUGUCUGAGCUAAGGGUCCGUCUCGGUGUCUGAACACCCGGAUCGGGCCUUCCUUGAUGUUAGCCUUCCUGGUGGUUAUCACUGCCGGGGGAAAGGCGACAGAGGAGGCCAGGCUCGAAGACAUGGAGGCUAACCGUCCUUGCAGAGGGAGUGAGCUGUAGGACGGAGCCAGAGUGAAUCCCUGACGUUUGUCCUCCACCUCCUGUGCUUUCAGUGGUGGCCUCUGCAGGGUUUUGGCACUCGUAGGAUGGACCCUGCACACAGUGGAGGGGAUAUGUCGCCUCUGUAUGUGCCAAGAAAGAGAAAGUCUGCACAGUCACAAGCUAAAAGUGCAGUGCCAUGUCCAGUGGUUCAGCGAAUGCCAGGAAGAACCUGUGAAUUAAAUGCAGAUGGAUAUCCCAAGAAUGACGAGUCUCAGUCCCAAGAUGCUCUAAAGAUGAAAAGAACCUGUGGUAGAAAAAGGUAUGAGGACCUCCAGAGUGUUUCCAUAGGAACGUUGGAUUACCCAACCAGCAGCUGCUCAGUCAUGUCAUCAGGUGGCCUGGCCAAUGGGGCAGACCCGGGGUCCGUGGCCCCGCCUACUGCAAGGGUGCCACCAAGACUAGUGGAGAAGGAUGUGUGGCUUCAAGGCCCGGAGGCCAACAGGGAGCAGUCCCAGCCUCAGGACCAGAGCUGGAGCUCCAGCAGGGACAGAGGCCCCGACGCCUGGGCCCCUGCUAGAGACCGACCACAGGAGCAGGUGUGGAACUCUGGCAGAGACCGAGCGGGACACUCCAGUCAAGACCAGGCAUGGAUUCCAGGCAGGGACAGGGUCCAUGCCGGGCAGGAACAGGGCUGGAUGACAGGUCGGGGACGAGGCCCUGAGCAGGGCUGGGCAGCUGGCAGAGACCGAGGCCAGGACCAGGCCUGGAACUCAGGCGGGGAUCCAGGAGGAGGCCGGGCCUCCUCAGGGCCAGAGCAGGCGUGGGGAAGUGGUGGAAGCCAAGACCAAGCCUGGAGCAACACGAGCAGAGACAGAGGACAUGUCUGGAGACCUGACCUGAACAUGAAGAAAGUCCAGAGAGUUGAGAUGGAGCAAAGCCUGACUGUUAAUGACUUUCCACAGCCACCAGAGGGCAGAGACUCCUGUUCAGAUGGAAACAGUGUUGGUGAGGCGUCGACGGCCCAGCUGAGUGAGGAGCAGAAACCCCACAUCCCCUCCACCAGGAAGGAGCCUCCUUCUUACCCUCCAGGAAGUCAAGAGGAGCGUUGGCAGCUGCAGAUCGUGGCCAAAGGCAGAGUCACCUGCCCAAAGUGUAAAAGUGUGAGCAGGAAGACGGUGGAGGGGCUGAAGAAACACAUGGAGAACUGCCGGCUGCAACCGUUUACCUGUCAGCACUGUGGGAAGCAGCUGAAGUCUUCAACAGGGAUGAAGUAUCACAUCAUGGCUGACCACAGCCAUCUGCCCUCAUCAGACGACGCCAAGGACCUGGAUGAUCGGGUCAUCAAAGACAAGCUGCGUAAAAUCCUGAAGAGACUGGGCAAAUUAAAAUGCUCCAAAGAGGGCUGUAACGCUGCCUUCACCAGCAUCAUGGGCUACGUGUACCACAUGAAGAAGUGUGGGAAGGAGGAGUCCGAGCUCGAGAAGAUGCUGCUGAACUGCUCGCACUGUGGGAAAACCUACAAGUCCAAAGCCGGUCUGGAGUACCACCUGAAAUCAGAGCAUGCCCCCACGCCUCAGAAGAGCGAGGAAGACGAGGCACUGAAGGCCCAGAGGGAGGCCAACCCGGAGAGGACGGCCAGCGGCAGGGUGCAGCGAGCAUCAGCCCAGGUGGCCAACUUCCACCUGGCUGAGAUCGCCAACAACGAGCUGCCCAAAGACUGGCCCAAGAGGAAGUUUCAGUCGGACCUGGUGCCAGACGACAAAAAGUUGAAGUACGCCCGACCAGGUCUGCCUGCCUUCAGCCAAGAGGUGCUGAGGAAGUGGAAGAAUGAGGUGAAGCUGCAGAGGAAAGUCCAGUGUCCCAACCAGGGUUGUGGCUGCACCUACACCAGCGUGUCAGGACUGAAGGCUCAUCUGGGACUCUGCACGAGGGGUGACUUUGAGGCUGGAAAAUACAGAUGUCUGAUCUGCAAUAAAGAGUUCAACUCUGAAAGUGGAGUGAAAUAUCACAUCAACUCCGUCCACUCGCAGGACUGGUUUGUGACCAACAAAAAGGCCUCCAAGAAGUUUGAGAAGUUCCUGAAAAACCAGCCCAAGGAGUUUGUUCAUAACGUGGACAAGCAGAUCGUGGAUCAGUAUCAUCACAAUCACCUCCAGCAUCAUCAUCAUCAUCAUCAUCAGCAGCAGCAGCAGCAGCAGCAGCAGCACCAGCAGCAGCAGCAGCACCACCACCACCACCACCACCACCACCACCAUCAGCAGCAGCAUCAUCAGCUCCAGCACCAACCCCUGCAGCACCCUCUGCAACCGCUGCAUCACCUCCAGCACCAACCGCAGUACCUCCAUCCAGAGCACCAGAACCUUCCUCCACAGAUGGACACCCAGCUCCAGCAGCCGAUGCUCCACUACACGCCCUUAGAGCCUCCGCCCGCACCGAUGUGGGUGGAUAUGGACCGGAGAGGAGCAGUGCCGGAGCCGGAGCAGGCCCCCAUCGAGAUGGACAAGGACGAUCUGGAUGAGCCUGGAGAGGACAGCAGUGGGAUGGUGGGGGAGAAAAGGAGAGAGAAGGGGGAGAGAGGAGGGGAGAGGGGGAAGGCAGAUGGGAAGCAGAAGGAAUGCUUUGCUUUCAGCGGUGGUGGUGGUGGUGGUAGUGGUGUUGGUGGGGGCAGCAGCAGCACCAGCAGCAGCAGCAGCAGUAGCAGCAGCAAUACUGGCAGCUCAUCCGGCGAAUCAGAGGUGGAGCAGCAGGACAGGCAGAGACAGAUGGACCAGUGGAACCUGAAACGGCCGGGCAUCAUGGACAGCAUCCACCCUGAUGCUGGCAAGCGGCAGAGGAACACUUAAAAAGACCCGAAAUCUGCACCUGAAAGUGACACGUAGCCUAACAGCCGUCGUGCGUCCGAGCGGACUUUAACACAGGUAGAAAAAGAUGGCAGCGGGUGUCUGUCCCUGCUUUACUAGUUGCGGCAAUGUGACCUAGAAGAAAAGUGUGUGUGGUGGGAAGGCAGCCGAUGAUGACAGAGCUGCAACUUGGAACUUUUGGUGAGAAAGCUUUUAGCUGGUGAUGGAGGCCUUCAAAUGAAGCUCUCUGAGAUGGUUGUCGUUGUAUAGAGAAGUGUAAGUAUCCUGUUCAUCUGUGUGUUUAUCUGUGACGGAUUCUUUUCACUACUUUAAAUGUGUCUUAUUCCUUUAGAACGUUUGAUAAACCUUCUUGUCUUUCAUGUUUAUCUUAAAGAGAAACACUAACUUUAACCCAAAGGGAGGACACUACAGUAUUUUGUUAGACUUGUGUAGUCUCUCUCUCUUUUGUGCCUCUUGAGUAUGAUCUGUGUAACUUCAUACUGCUCAUCAUGACUUUCACGUUCAACUGAUUGGCCUUUUCUUUGCUGAAUAACGUUGGUGUUGAGAUGCGAUUCGAAAAGAGGAUCAGUCUGAGAUUGACUACAUUCAUUUCUUUGACUGAUCUUUCUCUGUAGUCUCUUAGAAGUUGUCAAGAUGUGUGAAUCUUUGAAGCGAAGUAACUGAAGAAGUCCAGACUCUAAACUCAAGGUUCCUCAGCAGAUAGAUCGGGCUGUUUGUGGAACAAUCUGGUGAUAAGUUACAGAGCUUAUGAUUCAGUAUACUGUGUUAUGUUGCUAUACUGAAAGCAAGGUGAUGUAUUGUUUCAUAGGCCCGCUGUUCUCUGUGUUUACAUAUGCGAUUGGGGCUUAACUUCUUCCUGUCUCAGUAGAUACUCACGCAAAGCGAACCUUUUAGGGAAGAUGUUUUUUGUCAAACUGUUUGUCCUUUUCUUAAAAAUGAAACUUUUAUGUGUGAUUUUUUUAAAAAUCCGUUUUAAACACUGUUAUUGUUCACCAAACUAAGCAAGCACAGAAAUUUGAUUGGGAUCAUAAAACAGCUGCCAGUAAACGUCAGCAGGUUGUUGAGCGAAUGAUGGCAGUAACUGAUGAAGGAAAAAUAAUAUACCCAGAACUCAACAUGGAGGGCAGAUGUUUUUCUGUUCUCUUCUGUCUUCUACAACGACAGACAUGUUUCUGUCAGUGUGGCAGAAUAUUUAACCGGUAGCAUGUAGCCUAAUGCUUAUGUACUCUGCAUUUUGUAUCUGCUAUGGUGGCAUACGGUUGUGGAUGGCCGUCAGUCUUUUGUUUGUGAGAUUAUUUUGUAUAUUUUUUUUCUUUUUUGCAUUUCUGAAUGAAUUUGGUUGCCCGCCCCCCCAUGUGCACUUCUGUUAAGCCAGUUUUCCUUCUGAAAAAAAAAAUUGGUCUUGAAUUGAAAAUUUUAGUAAUAUUUACAGCAUGUAAUGUUUCUGUUUGAAGUGCUUCAUCCCUCACAUGCCUUUUGGAAAAAAGAAUGAAAAACAAGAGUAAAACCUCUCCGAGCAUGGGUCACUGGAGCCUGGAACUCACAGGACACAAAGCAAACAUUAGAGGAACGUCUCAGAAUGAAGCUGAUUUUGGCGGAGCGUUUUUAUUUUGUUUGCUUUCCUUUUGAUUAACGUCUUCACGCUGUUGAAGCUUCACUCGAAGCCUCGUCGCUGCUGAAAUACUUCCCACGUCCGCUUACGCCCGUGACCAAAUCUUCAUCACCACGCGUGCACUUUGAACCGUCCGAUGGCCCAGCGGAAGGCGGUUUAUAAAGCAGCCCAGCAAACCUCGUCCCUUAUCACUGAGAGUCUUACUGUUAGAGUGAAGCUUUGCUCACAAUCAAACUUAAACUCAUAUUUCAUAGGAUAAAGGAUUAACUGUCACUAGCAGCUCGUCUUCCAGCUCUCACUUUACUCACAGCAGCAUCUCUUCAUCCUAAUGCUGGAGCUUAGUUCUGUAAUCCAGAUUUAGCCACACUAGGAAGGCCAUAGCGUCAUGUUUUUUGUAUUUUGGUGCCAACAGAGGAGUAUGCAAUAGAACCAGAAGAGUUUUAUCAGUGGUCAUAACUACGACGUCCUCACCAGAGAGGACAAGUGAAAGGCAUCAGAUGUUUUCUCCAAAGUUUUGAGAGGCAGAAAUGUUCCGUUUUGAUCCGCAAACCCACGAGCCCCUGCAGAUGCUGUGUAGCAGUUGGUCCUGACCUCCUGAAGUAGAUCGAGGUCUUUAGGAAACGUUUUGGUCCAGUGGUCGAACUGGAUGUGCUGCGGGAAAGGGAAGCUGUGUCGUUAGCAGUAAGCUCCAGAAGGAAGAGAGUGAAAAUCUGUGGUCAUGUCUUGUGCCCACGUCAUCGCCAUCCAUACAGAAAAUCCUCUCAGUGCAUGUGACCGAGGCCAGAUUUAAAUUAAAAGCUCAGUUUGUAGUCUUGUAACAUUUGUAACCACAUAAAGAAAGCACUUAACGCUUCCAUUUGGUGGGACAUCAUUUCUACUCAAGUGAGAAUAGUUAUGGCCUCAGCCAACCCUGCAUUAAGAAUCUGUACAUUUAAUAUGUUAUUACUUGUUUUUUAGAAGUUAUGUGCUGCUAUUUGAUAGUACCAGCAGUGUUAUAACCACAGAUAAUUAAAAGUUUAAUUCAUGGUCC